AUGUACAAUCCGCAAAAGUCCACACCAAAAGCAUUGGUCAGGCGAUCGGCUCAGCCGAGCGUCAAGCCCAGUCUGCCAUCCCCAGAGUUGGGGUCGAUGCGCAUCAUGGAGAUGCGGCUGAUACAUCACUGGGUGACGGAGACAUGCGCCACGAUGAGCUCCGCCCAGGUGCCGGCAAUAGGCAAAAUGUGGGGUGUAUCAGUACCACAAAUGGCUUUCGAAUACGAGCCACUUCUGCACACUCUGUUAGCGCUCGGGGCAGCCCACCGUGCAAGACUAUUGCCGCAAGAAGCAAGCUCAAUGCGCCCGAUCUAUCAUGGGUACAUAGAUUCUGCGAUCCGGCAACAUCGUCCCGUGACUGCAAAUGUGGACAGUACCACCACCGACGCAGUUUGCAUGAACACUGUCCUUAUUUCAUUAUACACUCUCUUUCUCCGGUCGGAGCCAUCAACUCUGCCUUAUGAUCCACCAGUCAUGUGGCUUACCUUAGCUUAUGGUAUUCGCACGGUCUUGCAGAGUGUCUACCAUCGGCUGGUUGCGAACAACUCCCCAUUGUGCCCUUUGCUGUUCGCCCAACCUCAUGUUUGGAAUAGCGCCGAUCGCACACUGCGUAUUUAUCUUGGACCGAUGAAGCCGUUACAAUUUCUUCUUCAUCCCCAAGGAGAUGAUUGCCACGACAAGGAGACACUCGAUGUAUACGAAGAGGUGGCUGCAUAUCUAGAGAGAUUCUAUAUCGCCGUUCAAAAAGGCGAACCCGCCCAUGUGCUUCGCAGAUUGUUCAGCGGAUUUCCUCCAGUGGUGCCAGAGGCGUAUAUUAGGUUUGUGGCCGAAAGAAGGCCUCGCGCCCUCGUGAUGCUGGCUUAUUGUUUCGCACUUAUCAAAGGAAAUGAGGAUAUUUGGUGGCUUCGUGGUAUCCCAGAGCGAGAGGUACAGGGCCUCAACAGCAUUAUUCCCCCCGAGUGGAGAUGGAUGAUGAUCUGGCCAUUACAUGUUGUAUCUACGGGCUCGGCACAAGGACAAGAGGUAUCGAUAUCAACGGCAAGCCCUUUUUUGUCGCACGUACCUACACCGUGA